AUGAAACAAGGCAAAGCGAAGGCAUCAGCAGAAGCCAAAAAAAAGGCGAAAGAUGGCGCCCAACCGAGAGAUGACGCCCAGGCCCCGUCCUCGCCAACCGGCAACAAUGCCGGCCAAGCCCCUGCUGGAGGUGCCAUUGGUCUGCCCCCUGCUGGUGCCGGUGGUCUGACCCCAAUGGCACCGUUGUCCACCAGCAACGUGUCUGAAGUCAAUCUAAGCUAUUACCAAUCAGUCCAAGAAGACAUGAGGAAAAUUUUGAAGUGUUUGGGACCGGAUUUUGCCAACAAAGAUGCGCUGCAAAUCGCACAAGGAAAUCAACAAGGAGAUGGCGGCAUCCAAGAACCUUUCAACAAGGAAAGCGCCACGAGGGCUCUUGGGAACCAGAAUUUGUACAUUUGCGCUGGGAACUUGUUCUGGUUGGAUUUUCUGAGAUCCCCAAGCCCAGGAGUACCACUACAAAGGCAUGGUGUAUGCCAGCUAGGUGACUUCUUGUGGCCCAAGAACCAGUCCAAACCGAUGUUCCUCCUCAAGUUGUUGGAGGUGGAAGCCCCAACAGAUGUGCCAGAGAGACCAUCAGCUCUGGGUAUGCUUUCUCCGGAAGGCUAUGCGCAUGCUGCUCUGUAUGCGGCUGCCAGAGACCUCCCAGAGCACAAAGAGGAAUGGCAAAUUGUGCUGAGGUCAGUCCCAUUCUGCUUUGUGGCUGGCGCAAAAAACACUUGGAUUCAUUCAUGGAAUUGCCGCAACCAGCUCACACAGGAGUAUGAAUCUCUGAGCCGAUCAGCUUUGCAGCAGGCCACCGAGAUCAGCAUGCUGAAGAAGCGCAUGGAGUCCGAUGUAGGACGAACUCUUCAACCAGCGGAGCUCGUCAAUCAGUUGAAGCAAUUUGGCCUCAAGAAAGCUUCUUCACAGGAUGAUCUCACCACAAAUCUAGUGCAACUGGCAACCCAGGUGUAUGAGAAGAUGAAAGGCCCCGAGAUGCUAGGUCCCAUUCUAGCCAUGGAAGAAAAAUUUGGAACAAAGUCUUGCUUCAACUCCCUCAGCAAACUGCAUCUCUUGGCAACCAAACCUGAACCCAAUCGGCGGGUUUGGGUGAUGCAGGGAAUCUAUGACUGGCUCGUCCGCAGUUUGCUGACGAACGAUGAGGUGACCAAGAACACUCUCACUGGUGAUCGCAACACCUGCGGUUUGAUUCCGCUCCUGGAGUUGAAGAUGCUUUGCCUGGAACAUUGGCUCUCAUCCAUGAUGGCCCGCGCCAACAUCCUGGAGAAGGACCGGGCAGUGAUCCGCCGAGUCUUGCAGGACCAUGCUUCGUAUCGGCAGGAGAUGCUGGGCUCAGACGUCUCAUGGCAAGGCAAUCUCGCCCGCAGCUCUUUGGAGGCAUUGCAGUUUCUUGAGAAGCUGGUGUUCAACAAACAAUUCGACAAUCAGCUAAAGCAGCAUGCCCGCGGGCACAAGAACGUCGAAGAAGUGGCCGAAAAUGAGAUCGUCAAGGAGGAAUGGUCCAAGGAGGACGGAGACGCCCCGGCAGAGACCGCUCUCCAUCAAAUGCGUCGGGCAGCCAAUGAGUUUGUGGAGAACAGCCAGGAGUAUUGGAACAGUUUGGCGAACACAACUGUGAGGUCGUGCUUGACUUGGUGUGACCUGGAUUAUAUGGGUGAGAAUAUGGGCGUCAAUUCGCAGAUUGGCCUUCGGAGGCUGCAGCCCUUGGACGGGAACGGUGAAACCAAGAGCCUCAUCCAAGCCACGAUGCUGGCCCGUGGGGCCCAAGUGAAAAGCGACCAAGGGGAGAUAACGGUCCCUGCUCCCGGAGAGAUUGUGUGCUUCCACGCAGCCUCAGACAGACCAGGAGCAAUCUCAGAGUUGCGCAAGAUCUUUCGUCUUGCUGCAGCGACAAGAGGUGACACCAUCGACUGUGAACAGAAAGACAUCAUGGUUGUCUUCCAGGAGGAAUCUGUGCGCAGCCGAAAGAAACGCAUCAAAGGAUCAGAGGCCUACAGAUGCGACAGCUACUUGCACUUGUUCAGCGGUUUGACCCUGAUUCCUGGCUUAGUCCCAGAGAAAAGAAGGCUGCACUAUGAGAAGAUUCUGGGCCCCAAGGCGUUGAAGCUCACGACCGCUGAGCAGAUCAGCCUGAACAAGGAGCAGCAAGCGGUUGUCGCCAAUGAUGCUCGGGUGGAGUCCGUCUUCAGCGCCGGGCGCCUCCCAACCAAGUUCCACACGGACUUGCUGCACAGCUUGUGCUGCAAUGCUGUCAUUGACUUGUUCGCAGGGCAAGGAGAGAUGGCCCAGGCGUGCUUGGACACACGCACCCCCAUUGUGGCAUUUUGCUGCACCGAAGCGCACGCGGAGGCGCUGGAAGAGAGAUUGACCAAGUAUGUGCUGACCAAAUUUACGGAAAAGGGGCACACUUUGCAUCGCGAGGAUGCAAAAAAUAUGAUGGUCGGGAGUUCCAGUGUUCUGCUGAGUGAUUUUGUUUGUGCUCAUGUCCGUGGAUGUUUGCACUACUUUGUCCUUUGGUUCACAGCCCGCAGCCAUUUUCUGACCGCGCUUCUCUGCCCCCGUGUUUGUGGCACGUCGCCCCUCUCUCUUCAAUGGCGUCCUCCGCUGCCGGAAGUGAAUGGUCCUUUGUGCACGCUCCUGAUGGUACGCUGGUCGUACUGCCAGGCGUGGGCCCUAUGA